AUGGUCCAAACGGUAGUAAUUCUCGGCGCAGGAUGGUCCGGCCUUCCUUUAACCCACAAGCUUCUCAAGUACACGGCUCCAAAAACCAGCUUGAAAGUCGUCCUGAUAACGCCAAACUCACAUUUCUUUUGGAAUGUUGCUGCUACCCGUGGUUUAAUACCGGGAGAAAUACCAGACAGCUCCAUGUUUAUCCCCAUAGCUCCUGGAUUUGACCGAUACCCCUCAGACUGUUUCGAGUUUGUUCUCGGGGCAGCGACGGGUAUUAACCAAGAUGUCAAUUCUGUUCAAGUCGUGACGAAUGGCGGCUCUGAGCGGAGUAUUACUUAUGACCAACUUGUCAUCGCGACUGGUUCUCAUAUCGCGAGUGGACUACCGCUGAAACCUAUCGGCACACACGAGCAAACUCUUGAAAGAUGGCACGACCUCCAAAAACAAGUUCAAGAGGCAAAAUCCAUUCUAAUAGGUGGUGCCGGCCCAACUGGCCUUGAGGUGGCCGGAGAACUGGCAGCCAAGUAUGGAUCGACCAAAGAAAUCACAAUCGUUCUCUCGGGGACGAAACCUCUGGGGGACAGCGCAGGGAUCAACGAUUCCGUCUGCAACAUCCUGGACAAUGAUCUCGAGAAACUUGGCGUGGGGGUUAUACGAAACGUAAAAGUUCAGACAGCCACCAAGGGUGAAGACGGGAGAAGUUGGCAUAUCGUCUUAUCAGACGGCAAAAGGCUCUCUGCUGACCUGUAUCUCCCUCUCUUUGGCGUCCAAGUCAAUACGUCAUUCAUCCCGAAAGAGCUAUUGGAUUCGCAUGGUAACGUCAAUCAAGACAAAAGCAUGAAAGUCAAGGGAACAAACAAUAUCUGGGCCAUUGGCGACGUGGGUAACACGGAGCCAAAGCAGCUUACAUUGACGGACGCCCAGAUUAUUCACGUAGCAGGUGCUUUGCACGCCACGCUGACUGGGUCUGGACCUGUGGCAGAGUAUGAACCAGCUAACAAGACCAUGAUAUUCCUUUCUCUGGGGAGGAAGUUUGCCACGGGCCAAAUUGGAAGCUGGCGGCUGUGGGGUUGGACUGUUGCAUGGGUAAAGGGGAGGAGGCUGUUUGUUGACACGGCUGAUGGCUAUGUCGGUGGCGAGAGACUGAGACAUGGAUCGAUGUGA